GUUUAUAGAGAGCUGGGCCAACAUUCUCAUCCGAACUCCUCCUUCAAGUCAGCUUCUCUCCUGAGUCCUCAUCCCACUCCUUGGUUUCUUCCGCAUUCCCCCUGGAGUGGCCGGUGGGGACGGGCGGGACUGGAAAAAGACACUGGACGCCAGACAUAGAGGUGUGGGAAAGCAGAGUCAGGCUGCCAAAGCAGGGGACUCCUUCCCAUUGAAAAGGGAAGUCAACUGACCGUAGUUAGUUAAAUUUAACAUCCUUUCAUGAGUAACAUCUGACUUCGGGAGGAAGAUGAACUUUGCGGAGGAAGAGCCCUCUAAGAGAUACUGCAUCAGAGGCAAACAUGUGGCCAUCAUCUGUGGGGUGGUGGUGGCGGUCGGAUUAAUAGUGGGGCUUUCUGUGGGCUUGACCAGGUCGUGUGAUUGCUCUGGAGACACUGGGCAGGACACAACCCAGGCUCCUUCCACUGCCCAGCCUCCCCAGGACCAGGACAUCUGCCCUGCCAGUGAAGACGAAAGUGGAGAAUGGACAAACUUCAGGCUGCCAGACUUCAUCAAACCAGUCCACUACGACCUGGAGGUGAAGGCCCUGAUGGAGGAGGACAGGUACACGGGCACAGUGACCAUCUCUGUCAGCUUGAGCAAGUCCACACGUGACCUGUGGCUGCACAUCAGGGAGACCAGGGUCACCAAACUGCCGGAGUUGAGGAAGCCCUCUGGGGAGCAGGUACCAAUUCGACGGUGCUUCGAGUACAAGCAGCAGGAGUAUGUGGUGAUCCAGGCUGAAGAGGAGCUUGCCGCCACCAGUGGAGACAGUGUCUACCUGCUGACCUUGGAGUUUGCCGGCUGGCUGAACGGCUCGCUGGUGGGGUUUUACAGAACCACCUACACCGAGAACGGGCAAGUCAGGAGCAUAGCGGCCACUGACCAUGAGCCAACGGAUGCCAGGAAGUCCUUCCCUUGUUUUGAUGAGCCGAACAAGAAGGCAACUUACAACAUAUCCAUCAUUCACCCCAAAGAAUACUCAGCACUUUCAAAUAUGCCAGUACUGAGAGAAGAGGUAGUGGAUAACAACUGGAAUAAAACGAUUUUUAAGGAGUCUGUCCCCAUGAGCACUUACCUGGUGUGCUUUGCUGUACAUCAGUUCACCUCUGUACAGAGAACGUCCAACAGCGGCAAACUACUCACUAUUUAUGUCCAGCCAGAGCAAAAGGCAACAGCGGAGUAUGCUGCAAACAUAACUAAAAUUGCAUUUGAUUAUUUUGAAGAAUACUUUGCCAUGGAAUAUUCUCUUCCUAAACUGGAUAAAAUCGCUAUCCCCGAUUUUGGCACCGGUGCCAUGGAAAACUGGGGACUCAUCACUUACCGAGAAACAAACCUGCUUUAUGACCCCCAGGAAUCAGCCUCAUCCAACCAACAAAGAGUGGCCACUGUGAUUGCCCAUGAACUUGUACACCAGUGGUUUGGAAAUACUGUGACCAUGGACUGGUGGGAUGACUUGUGGCUAAAUGAAGGAUUUGCUUCUUUCUUCGAGUUCUUGGGGGUAAAUCAUGCAGAAGCAGACUGGGAAAUGCUCGAUCAGAUGCUGCUUGAAGACGUGUUACCUGUGCAAGAAGAGGACUCCUUGAUGUCUUCACACCCAGUGGUUGUCACGGUGUCAACGCCCGCUGAAAUAACUUCGGUGUUUGAUGGAAUAUCAUACAGCAAGGGAGCUUCUAUUCUGAGAAUGCUCCAAGACUGGAUCACACCAGCUAAAUUUCAAGAAGGAUGUCAGAAAUACUUGCAAAAAUUCAAGUUCGGUAAUGCAAAAACUUCAGACUUUUGGGAGUCACUGGAAGAGGCAAGUAAUCAACCAGUGAAAGACGUUAUGGACACCUGGACUAGCCAGAUGGGCUAUCCUGUGGUCACUGUGACUGAAAGGCAGAAAUUAAAUCAGACACGCUUUCUGUUGGACUCCAGAGCUGACCCUUCCCAGCCACCAUCAGCACUUGGUUACACAUGGAAUAUUCCAAUUAAAUGGACUGAAAAUGGCAAUUCAAGGGUCACAGUCUACAACAGGUCAUCAACAGAAGGAAUCACUUUGAAUUCUAGUCUUGGUGGAGAUGGUUUUCUCAAAAUAAACCCAGAUCACAUUGGGUUUUAUCGUGUAAAUUAUGAAGCAGGAACUUGGGGCCAGAUAGUCGAGACUCUUUCCUCAAACCACUUGAACUUCUCCUCUGCUGACCGUGCAAGUUUUAUUGAUGAUGCUUUUGCUUUGGCAAGAGCCCGGCUUCUGAGUUACGAGACAGCCCUGGGCUUGACCAGGUAUCUCAAGUCCGAAGAGGAUUUCUUACCGUGGCAGAGAGCCAUUUCAGCUGUGACCUACAUCAUUAGCAUGUUUGAAGAUGACAGAGAGCUGUACCCUGUGAUAGAGACGUACUUCCAAGGUCAAGUGAAGCCCAUUGCGGAUUCUCUGGGAUGGCAGGAUACUGGAAGCCACAUCACAAAGUUACUCCGUGCUUCUAUAUUAGGAUUUGCAUGCAAGAUGGGAGACGGUGAUGCCUUGAGAAACGCUUCCCAGUUAUUUGAGACCUGGCUACAAGGGAAAGAAAGCAUUCCUGUAAACCUCAGGCUUCUGGUGUACCGCUAUGGGAUGCAGAACUCUGGCAACGAGACUUCAUGGAACUAUACUCUAGAGCAAUACCAGAAAACCUCCCUAGCACAAGAAAAAGAAAAAUUGCUCUAUGGUUUAGCUUCCGUGCGGGAUGUUACUCUUUUGGCAAGGUAUCUGGAAAUGCUCAAAGACCCCAAUGUGAUUAAAACUCAGGAUGUGUUUACAGUCAUCCGCUACAUCUCAUACAACCCAUACGGGAAGAGCAUGGCCUGGAACUGGAUACAACUCAACUGGGACUAUCUGGUCAACAGAUUCACCAUCAAUGACAGAUACCUUGGCCGGAUCGUCACCAUUGCUGAACCUUUCAACACUGAGCUGCAGCUCUGGCAGAUGGAGAGCUUUUUUGCAAAAUAUCCAAAUGCUGGAGCAGGAGUGCAACCUAGAGAACAAGCAUUGGAAACAGUGAAGAACAAUAUUGAGUGGCUGAGACAAAACAGAAAGUCCAUAAGCGACUGGUUUAACAGCUUGCUGAAGGACAGCUAAGGCAUUUUCAUCUUGUGACUCUGCUGUGCCGUGGAGCCGGCCUGAGGUGGCCUGUUUUACAGACCGCAGAGGGAGCCUUCGAAACGGGUUCUGCUUUUGCUAAGUACUGUGUUUAUGUCUCGCAAAGCUUUUAAAUUAUUCCUCUCUGUUUUUGAAGGAAGAUACUAAUAGAGUAUUUAAUACACUCAGGGAUCUCUGCUAAGUGUACUUCACAGGAACGUCUUUAUAAACUGUAGGGUUUAAUAGUCACAUUAAUGUCUUUAAAUAUCAUUCCUUGUAUCUUAAAUCUGUGAAAAUAGAACAAUUUAGUCCUAGCUUUACAUUUUUAGUACCAAAGAAAGACCAGUUAAUCUUCUCUCUUGAUUGAUUUUUAAAGUUUAAAUACCAGUACUUGCGGGACAUAUUGCCAUCUUAAUCUUUAUUUUAUUAUUCAGAAUUACAUAGACCUAAUAUCAUUUUAUUCACAUAUGUCUCGUUGCUUUAAAUCCUACCAAAGUAACCUUGGCUUAAGUUUUGCUCAAGGAUUGAAUGAAUGAGCCAAAGAAAUGAUUGACUGUUGCCUUUGCUCUUACAAAAUCAGACAAAGCUGUAUUCUUUUUUUUUAAAAAAAAAUAAAUUUAAAGUAUUACCUUG